AUGAUAUCGGUACCUCUACCAGCACGGGCACAGAGAGUUCUGAGAUUUUUCAGUUCUGGGAUUGAUAAUAAGGAUGUAUGGGAGGGUGAGGAUAUAGUUUCAACGGGUCACUAUGGGAGACAGCAUGUACUCCCAGCUGCCAAGGCUGGAAACGGGAUAAGCAGUGGAAAGCUGCUAGCUACGCCAUCAAGGCUGUUGAAGCUUGUCAUUCCGUUGUCUGUGCUCCGUCUCGAGGCUCAUGGUACAGAUUCAGAACCAUUGGCUAUCGUACUCCAUCCCCAGCAACCACUUUCCUAUCUCGAACGCGUUAUCCAGUCCGAAGUGCCCCCGAUCGUCGGGGAAAAAGGGCAAUGGAGACCUCCCGCGGUGUCCUUUAUAUCUCUUCAAUUAGAUGAAGACGCUAUUAGACCGAAGAGAACUGUACAUGAACACCACGAUGUAGCUGUUAACGGGGUCAAGGACAAGGAUUUGAGAAGGCCAAACGACGACAGACGACAUUCAGAACGAAGGCAUCAUCGUAUCCGCAAAGAGACCGACAGGCCGAGCAGCUACCAGCAUCUACGAGAGCACGGCGAGAAAACAGUUCCUAGCGGAGAGCAGUUCGUUCGAUGGUCUCAUUCCACGGAGAUUGGCGAUUUCCUGAGGGACGCGUCUCGCGCACGCGACUUUAUCGUUUCCAUUGAAGGUGCCCCGGCGGGCUUGAGCCAGAAGAUCCGGGUUACGGUUCCUACGUUCAACCAGAGGACAUACUUUCUGCGGAUGAGGCUCCGGAAGAUCUCGAGACAGCUCAAGAGCACCGCGGAACUCAAACAUGAAUGCGAUGUUCUGGCGCAGCAUGGAGCUCAGCGCGUGGCUAUCUUGGGGCUAUUUGUCCUGGCUACCUGGUGGUGUUUUGUGUAUGUCAUGACAUUCCAGACAGAACUGGGCUGGAACACGAUGGAGCCCGUGACGUACCUGGUCAGUUUGUCGUCCUUUAUGGGGGGUUAUCUAUGGUUUCUCUACCAUAACCGGGAGAUAUCGUACAAGUCUGCGUUGGAUUUCACCAUUAGUGCACGACAGAGGAGGCUCUACCAGGCGAAGGGGGUGGAUCUACAACUCUGGGGGACGCUGCUUGAUGAGGGGAAGGCUCUGAGAAGGGAGAUCAAGAGCAUCGCCGAGGAAUAUGAUGUUGACUGGAAUGAAAGUGCUGACGAACAGGACGAACAAGUUACUCAGGCGUUGAAAGAGAAGCAUCACAAGAGCCAAGUUGAUGGCAAACGGGACACUAAUGAGGAUGGUGAAGAGGAAAGUAAAUAA